AUGAGAACCAAGAGGAAGCCGACCAAAAAGGCAGCCUUGAGGAAACUACAUGAGACUUUACGAAGCUUGUUGGAUAAACCAGUCCGGGAGAUUAAUGAUGAGAAACAUACAAGCGGUAUACCCGAAAUUCUGCCGACACCCAAAUCGAGUUCAGCUAAGAGAGUCAAGAAAUACUCAUUGUCGGCAACAAAGGGAAAGGAUGACUCAGCUUUUGUCCUGUCGAAAGAAGAUCAGCUUAUUCCAAAAUUAAGCGACAAUGAAAUAAUGGAACGCCACAAGCUUGCAGAUGAAAAUAUGAGACGAGUAUGGACGAAUAUAAUACGAAAAUAUGAGUCCAUUGAAGAUCAAGGCGAUGUGCUUGAUUUAUACACGGGUGAGCUGGUUGAAGAUAAUGGACAUAUAAGGGGACUUUCGAAUGAUAACAGUGCAGGAGAGACUCGCUACCAAAGCGUUUUGAAGGAUAUAAUCGAGCUGAAAAAAGACCGAGAUAACGACAAAUUCGCCCUUUGGGGAGAUGACGAUGUUGAAGAUCCAGAGGACGGCGAUUAUGAGAUCGAAAACGACCAGGAUGACGGUCGGGAGGAAGAAACGGACGACGAUACAGACUAUGCGGAUUACAAACAAUUGUUGAAGGGCAAGAUAGAAGCCGAACAUGACAACGUUGACGAUGUUUAG